AUGAGCGGCCGAGUCGGAGACCUGAGCCCCGUGCAGGCAGAGGCAUUGGCCAAGUUCCGAGAAAAUGUCCAGGACGUGUUGCCUGCCUUGCCCAACCCUGAUGAUUAUUUCCUUCUGCGCUGGCUCCGAGCUCGGAAUUUUGACCUGCAGAAAUCAGAGGCCAUGCUCCGCAAGUACAUGGAGUUCCGGAAGACCAUGGACAUUGACAACAUCCUUGAUUGGCAGCCCCCAGAGGUGAUCCAGAAGUAUAUGCCUGGGGGGCUGUGCGGCUAUGACCGUGAUGGCUGCCCCAUGUGGUAUGACAUCAUCGGGCCACUCGACCCCAAGGGACUGCUCUUCUCAGUCACCAAGCAGGAACUGCUCAAGACCAAGAUGAGAGACUGUGAGCGCAUCCUGCAUGAGUGUGACCUGCAGACAGAGCGGCUGGGGAAGAAGAUCGAGACCAUUGUGAUGAUAUUUGACUGCGAAGGCCUGGGACUGAAGCAUUUCUGGAAACCUCUGGUGGAAGUAUACCAGGAGUUCUUUGGCCUCCUUGAAGAGAAUUACCCAGAGACCUUGAAGUUCAUGCUCAUUGUGAAAGCCACCAAACUGUUCCCUGUGGGUUACAACCUCAUGAAGCCCUUCCUAAGUGAGGACACUCGCAGGAAAAUUAUAGUGUUGGGAAACAACUGGAAGGAAGGUUUGCUGAAAUUCAUCAGUCCUGAGGAACUGCCUGUCCAAUUUGGCGGAACAAUGACUGACCCAGAUGGGAAUCCCAAGUGUAUAACCAAGGUAUGA